UUGAUUCAGGUGGAAUACAAAGGAGAGACAAAAAAGUUCACUCCAGAAGAGAUCAGUUCGAUGGUGCUGACAAAGAUGAAGGAGACAGCAGAAGCGUUUUUUGGUGGGAAAGUCAACAACGCAGUCAUCACAUGUCCAGCCUAUUCAAUGACUCACAGCGACAGGCAACAAAGGAAGCAGGCACAAUUGCAGGCAUCAAUGUGCUCAGAAUCAUCAAUGAGCCAACAGCCGCUGCUAUUGCUUACGGACUUAACAAGAAGACGGAGAGAGAAAAGAACGUCUUGAUCUUUGAUCUUGGUGGUGGAACAUUUGAUGUCUCACUUCUUGCUAUUGAUGAUGGCGUCUUUGAAGUGAAGGCAACAAACGGCAACACACACCUUGGUGGCGAAGACUUUGAUAACAGAAUGGUCAACCACUUCAUUGCUGAGUUCAAGAGAAAGCACAAGAAAGACAUUUCAGGCAAUGCACGAGCAGUCAGAAGACUCAGAACAUCGUGUGAAAGGGCGAACACCGUCAUCGGCAGCAACAGCAAACAUCGAAGUCGACCAGUUGUAUGA